CAAGCACAAUAGAGAAGUUGAACAGGAGAACGAACAAGAAGAUCGUAGAUCGGUAUAACAGGUUUUACACGACCGUAUUGCGCGGCUUUGUUUAUAAUCUAUUUCGAAUAUGUGUUUCACAGGUGAAAAUUGAAUGUACAACUACAGCAGAUCGCUUCAACGACAACUAUGAUUCAUUUCUUCAGGUUUUCUUGUACAAAACAAAAGAAUAGACCAAAGCAGAUUGUUUGAUUUUUCUUGAAAAAACGUAUGGUAUCACGACCUUCUAACUUCGAAUGCAAUUGUAUACCCGCAACUAGACCAUCUCUACGCACCAGCUUUACUCGCUUGUGGUUCAGCGCCAGAGUAUGGAGGACGGCACCAGAGGAAACAAGUAUCGCCUGUGCGAGUACUAGUUUAGUAACGAUCUUCGCGUGACUUAUUUUACAACUAUUCUGUACGAUUUCUGUUUCUCUUCAGACUAGGAUCCCGAUGUAAAAGUAGAGAAGCGCACCAGCGGCUUGCUUCCAGGCACAUCAAGCUCCUGAGAAUACCAGAAGGAGAACAAGAUAUUGCGGUGUCUGCGGCAGCCAGAUUCAACGACACGGACUCUACAAAGGAUUUUUGAAAUUUGAGAACAAUUCAUUGAAUUCACAAAGCACC